ACAUAUAUGUGCAGCUGGCAAGGAGAAAUGCUGUGUUUCACAGUGGAUUUCGCUUUGGGAUUCACCUGUUUUGACAGUAAGACAAAGAAUGUGCUCUGGAGAUUUAAAUUCUCUCAGCUGAAGGGAUCUUCGGAUGACGGAAAAACUCGAGUAAAGCUGUUAUUUCAGAAUCUAGACACCAAACAAAUUGAGACGAAGGAACUUGAAUUUCAGGAUCUGACUGUGGUGCUGCACUGCAUACAUUCCUUUAUAGCAGCCAAGGUGGCUUCCGUGGAUCCUGUAUUCAUAGACAGUCAGAGUAUUGCAAGAAAACACACGUACAGCCACUAAUGAUUGCUUCUGAGUGCUGAAAAAUUAAAUUAUUUUCUUAAGAAAUGUUUCUUUCCUGCACAAUAUUGCAACUUUGUGUGAUUUUAUAAUAAGCCUAUAGUUGUGAUACCAAUAAAAUAUGUCACUAGUUU